AUGGCAACAGGAAUACUGAAGGUCGAAGGCGACAAGGUCGUCGGCAACGAUGGCAAGCCCAUCAUAUUGCGUGGUUCGGCCUUGGGAGGAUGGAUGAAUAUGGAGAACUUCAUCACUGGCUACCCCGGCCACGAGUCUGAGCAUCGAGCGUCAAUGGCCAAAGUGCUCGGCCAGGACAAAGCAGACCAUUUCUUCGACAAAUUCCUGGAGUACUUCUUCACGGACCAGGACGCUGAGUUCUUCGCUUCCAAUGGCCUGAACUGCCUCCGCCUACCCAUGAACUACCGCCACUUCGAGGACGACAUGAACCCACGCGUGCUUAAGCCUAACUGCUUCAAGCACGUCGACCGCGUCGUCGACCUUUGCGCCAAGCACAAAAUCUACACCAUCCUUGACCUGCACGCGCUCCCCGGUGGCCAGAACCCCGACUGGCACUCGGACAACACCACUAACCACCCAGCCUUCUGGGACCACAAAGACUUCCAAGACCGCGUCAUCUGGCUCUGGCAGGAACUUGCCAAACGCUACAAAGACAACGCCUGGGUAGCCGGCUACAACCCCAUCAACGAGCCCUGCGACCCCGUUCACUACCGGCUUCCAGCCUACUAUGACCGCAUCGAAAAGGAGAUACGCAAAAUCGACCCGGAUCACAUCCUCUGGCUGGACGGAAAUACAUUCUCCAUGGAAUGGCGCUACUUUGACCACAUCCUGCCCAACUGCGUCUACGCCCUGCACGAUUACACUAUGAUGGGCUUUCCAAAGGGCGACACGUUUAGAGGCACCGAGGAGCAGAAGUCUAAACUCGAAAGGCAGUUUCUACGGAAAGCGGAGUUCAUGAAUCAGCACAAGACACCUAUCUGGAACGGCGAAUUCGGGCCUGUGUACGCUAACCCGCGUCUCGACGCUGAUCAUGAGGAGAUUAAUGCGGCGAGGUAUAAAUGUCUUGACGAGCAAUUGCGAAUCUACGACAAAUAUAAGAUCCACUGGUCCAUCUGGUUGUACAAAGAUGUCGGCGUCCAAGGAAUGGUGCACUUGGACCCUGAUAGCAAGUACAUGAAGACCAUCGCCCCGUUCCUCGAAAAGAAGCGCGCACUGCAGCUGGACGCCUGGGGCCGGUAUCCUUCCAAGCAAGUCGAAGACCUAAUCGACCCACUGGUCGAAUGGAUCGAUAAGAGCGCUCCGACGUCUAAAGACCAGUACCCAACCCCAUGGGCGACAGAGCGCCAGCUCACACGGAUAGUCAAUCAGCUGUGGGUAUCGAAGUGUCUGAGCGAUGAGUUCGCGGAGCAGUUCAAAGGCAUGAGUAUGGAGGAUUUGGAGGAGUGUGCCAGGAGUUUCCACUUUGAUAAGUGCUUGCAGAGACAAGGGUUGAACAAGGCGCUGGAGGCGCAUGCGGAGGUGGAGUCGAUUGAUAAAGAUUGGGUGAGGCCAAAUAUGGCGGGGGAUGGAGAGGGUCAGGAUAAGUUGGAGCUGGAUUGA